AUGGAUUUUGGCAUUCUGAGGUUGUUUGGCCUUCCAAAACUGCAGUCAAAGUUUGCCACGUUACCUGUCCAAGUUUUGUUUUCCCAAACGAAGGCAACUACACCACCAACAGCACUUACCGCACAAACCUCAACAGCCUUCUCUCCACUUCUCUCCUCUCCAACGGUAACGGAAAUCGGGCUCUGUACAGGAGACAUUAACCUCGAUGCUUGCGGUAGUUGCCUCAGUAACUCUACAAUCUUCAUCGCACAAGCUUGCCCUAACCAAAAGGUGGCAGUUCUAUGGCGGGAGGUUUGCAUGCUACGCUACUCAAACCGCUCCAUACGUGGCUUCAUGGAAGCCGGUGCGAUUUUCUAUACCACGAGCUCCGGCAACGUGUCGUCAUCUGACGUCGGAAGGUUCAACCGGCAGCUCAUGACUCUGCUGGAAAGAUUGAGAGGUGAAGCAGCGGCUGGUGGUGAUCUUGUUAAGUUUGCAGUUGGAAACACGAUAUAUGGACUUGCUCAGUGUACACCAGAUUUGACUGAGCUCGACUGCAACAAUUGCUUAGUAUCAAUUGCUGGUGACAUCCCACAGUGCUGUUAUGGGAAGCUUGGUGGGAGACUUGGUACACCCGCUUUGCAAUUCGACUUUGCCUCCAUUAGAGUUGCCACAAAUAACUUUUCUGAAGAAAAUAAGCUCGGAUGGGGUGGAUUUGGUGAUGUUUACAGGGGGACGCUUCUCAGUGGAGAAGAUAUAGCAGUGAAAAGACUAUCUACGGAUUCUGCACUAGGAGAUUUGGAAUUUAAAAAUGAGGUCUUGUUAGUGGCCAGGCUACAACACCGCAAUUUAGUUAGGCUCCUUGGUUUUUGCCUGGAAGGAAAUGAAAGGCUUCUUGUCUAUGAGUUUGUCCCUAAAGCAAGUCUCGAUCAAUUCAUAUUUGAUACAAUCAAGUGCGCUAAUUUGGAUUGGGAGAGUCGCUACAAAAUCAUACUAGGAAUUGGACGGGGGCUCCUUUUCCUUCACGAAGAUUCUCGUUUUAGAAUUAUUCACCGUGAUUUAAAAACUAGCAACAUUUUGUUAGAUGCAGAAAUGAAUGCAAAAAUUUCGGAUUUUGGCAUGACAAAGUUGUUUAUGCUUGAUCAAAGACAAGGCGAGACCAUUCGAAUUGUGGGGACCUAUGGAUAUAUGGCUCCUGAAUAUGGAUACUUUUCUGAUAAGUCCAAUGUUUAUAGCUUUGGUGUACUAGUUUUGGAGAUAAUAAGUGGACAAAAAAUGUGUUCUUCCCGCCAUGAAGAGAAUGAGGAUCUUCUAAGCUAUGCAUGGAAAAAUUGGAAGGAAGGGACAGCUUCAAAUCUAAUAGAUCCCACCUUGAGAACUGGUUCAAGAAGAUGCAUCCAAAUUGGAUUGUUAUGUGUGCAACAAACUAUGGCUGCAAGGCCAACUAUGGCUUCAGUUAUUCUCAUGCUUACUAGCAGCUCUCUCAGUCUCCCAGUACCCUCACAGCCACCCUUUUUUAUGAUCGAAUUGGAGAUGUCUGGUGUGGUAGGAUGA